UUGUUGCAGUCUCCAUUCUGCAAUUUGAAUUCUCGUCGUCACGCUUCCGCGCUUGGUUCCCUUCGCUCCUGCAGAGCUCCGAUCCGAGCCCCAAUUUGGGAUUUGGAUCUCUCUCUCUCUCUCUCUCUUCCCCCCCCCCCCCCCUCCCCCCCCGCAAAUGACAUCGCCAAUCACCUAUCCAGUGGACGACAAGGACCUCGAUGACGCCGCGCUCUGGGCUGUUAUCGACUCCGCCGCCGCCUCCAUCUCAUCCGCCACGAAGCCCCGCAAGGCCUUCGGUCCCAAGAUCCCCAUCCAUCACCAACACAGCCACCAACCUCCGAGUCCCUCUUCGGUCUCCAAAAACGCUCGGAGCUAUUACUCGCCGGAGAGCGAUUGCAGAUUGGCGAGGCCGCAGAAAAUGGCGAGGCAUUGCGUGUCUGAUCUGACCGAGGCCAGUCCUCCUCUGGCUGUCAUAAAGCAUGUGCAACGAACGCCGUCGUACAGAUCCCCGGAGAGCGGAGGGGUUUUAGUGAAGGAAUGCAGUCCGACGGCUUCGGAGUGCUCACCGGUGUUCGAGGAGAGGGAUUGUAUGAGGCACAGCUUGUCUGGUCGGUUUCCCUCGGUGUCGCUCUUUAAGGAGUACCAGAAAGCUGCCAUGGCGAUUUUGGAGAGAACUGAUUACACUAUGAUUUCUGGGAACCCUUUUAUUAAAAAGUCAGGUUGGAGGAAGAUAUCCUGCUAUUUCAAUAUCUCUUACGAAAUCAAAGACAAGAGCAUUGAGUUUGAUGACCGUAGAAAUGUUUUGCGUUCUGAAUUUGUGGUUCGGGCAUACAUGAAUGGUGGUAGAUUUUCAGAUGGAUGGGGAUCCUGUGAACGAAGUGAGAAGAGAUUUUCAAAACCAAAUCAUGAUAUUCCAAGCACAGCAGAAACUAGAGCAAAAAAUAAAGCAUGCCAGGACCUGCUAGGAAUUGGAGAAUAUAAGCCCGGUGCAAGCCAUGGUCAUCAAUAACAGUAACCAUUUGCAGUUCUGGGAUCCAUCGUGACUCUAGUCCCGUAGUUUACCAAGACGAAAAUGAAGAAACUGUUAUUACAACAUUUACUGUACCAUCAAAUGAUCUUACUCAGAUCAAAUUUAGAAAUGAAAACGAGAGGGAGUGUUCAAUCCCCAAAUACUCACUGAACCUUCCUCAGUUGCUUCAGUACUACUACUUCUAGCCAUUCUGCUAUACUAGUUCUGUCACAAACUUGUUUAAUGCCGCUGGCCUGGCUCUGCCAGCAACAGAAUCAUUGAUUAAACUACAAACGUCUGAGAUUUACACUCAUUUGUAGUGUUUAUUGCACCACUUGAAUCUUUUUAGCUCUGUCCAGUAGUCAUACCUAGGAGCAGGUGAACCUUGGACCGAGUUAAAGCAGCCUCCGCGAACAUGAAGAUAAAUCCACCUCCAAUGGACACAUAUAUUUUUACGGUAUACCUUUGCCAGAAUGGCUUUUUUUUUUCGGGGGCGUAGUUAAGACCGUUGGAUGGGAUUGUGAUAAUAUAACCAAGGAGACCAUGAAUUUUGACUUUUGAGUGACGCGUAACAAUGACUAAUCACCAAAAAAAAAAUAUCACUCUUACAUCAUGCUUUUACACUGUUUGAAUACAAAUUUUCUUGUAACAUUAUCUGUCGAAAUAUUAUAGGGUUGUGUCGGCUUAAAAUUUGAUAAAUCAAACAACAUAAAUUUUAAACAAAUGAUGGAGGUGAGCUAGAGUUCAUGUGGGUUCUGCAUACUAGGAUGGAGGUUUGUAAUCAUUGGCUAUGCUUAUUCAUCCAAUAAAUAAAGAGCAAAGAGAUCUUAAUUCCCAUUUGUCCAAGUUUUCCUCACUCCAUCUGCAAAAGGACAUGAUUGGUGUUACCAUUAAUUUCUAAUUGCCAAAUAAAGUGAAGGCUCAAGGCUGACAAACCUGCUUUUGUCUAUUGUUGUUUGUUUCUUUAACUUGCGAGAUCAACCAACAACGAAGCUUCCGGAGGCUAGUUUGGUCAUAUAACGAAGAAAGGUUGUCCCUCCCACCUAUUCCCUCUACAAAUAUUAUUCCUUCCCAUUCCAGCAGGCAAACUGGGUGUACGAAACCAGUGUAAACUACGGGGGAAAUGAAAUGAGUGAAACUGUGGGAAGGACACAGUCAGAACUAUUCGACUGAGGUGUCCUGGUUGGAUUCUUCCUUCGAAAUCAAUCAAAGGCUCAGUCGGCUCCGGAUUUUACUUGGGAAGGUGGAGCUAUGUCUCAGCUGGUAACAAAUGUCUUCUCUCUGUCUCUCUAGCCACUUACUGAGAUUCUUAGAUUACCUAUUGAACCUUUACGAUGCCCUCUCUCUCUCUCUCUGCAACUGUAUUAUCAUCUUGGAUUCACUUAUAUAUAUAUAUAUAUAUAUAUGGUAUGUGGUGAUUGGACAUAAUUUAUA